AUGGCAGAUCGACCGGCCUGGCUCAGAAAGAAAAUUGGGGGAAUUUUGCUCGAUAUUUCUGGCGUCCUUUAUAAUGCUAAUGAGGGAGGUGGUGAAGCUAUUCCUGGAUCUGCUGAAGCAGUUAAGAAGUAGGUUGGAAGAUCGUAACUGAGUGGCAUUCUAACUGAAAGUUUUUACUUGAAAUGUUUUUUCCUGCAUCUUAUAAGAGUUUAUUUAUAAUACAAAUUUGACCAACGAUUUUGAGAAUUAAAAAAAAAGAAAAGAAAAACAGACUGUUUAUUUCUCCUUUUAUUCAUAUGGUGAAUUUUGUAAGGUGAUUUUUUGUUUUUUAAUCCGUUUAGUUUUUCUUUGUCCCGAGGAGGUACUGGGGAUGGGUUCUCUAGCGAGAGAAUUCAGAGUCACCAGUGCGUGACAGAAAAACAAAGCAAAAUUUGCAGUUUGUGACUAAAUUAUUAGAAUAAGGGGUGGUACACAACAUGCCCAAAUUUUCUCUAAAGGGGGGGGGGGGGGUGUAGAAGCCUAAGAAAAAGAGGUUGAAAGGGUACAGAAGGAGGAAGGCUGAUAGGCAGCCGAACAGCAGAAUGAGAACAUACAUAAACCUCUGACCCCUUAGAGUGACGGGCAUUUAAUUUCUCCUUACAAUAUCAUCCCUGACGUAUCAGGGUCAUGAGAAUAAAUGAAAUGAUCACCAACUGAAGAGGUUUUUGAGUCCUAAACAAAUUCUCCAUGUCAGCACUUGAGGAAAUGUAUGAAAAACAGUAUAAAGAAUAUGCAUACUGAUGUUAGGGCAUAAAUUAAAUUAAUCAUAAGCAUUGUUUGGCAACAAAGGAUAGAAGAUGGGAAUCAAAUGUGCAAGAGGUUGGCAAGCAGGGUAUAGCAAGUGAGACACUUCACUAACACCCCUCCCCCUCCCCCACCCAUUCAUGGGUGUGUGUUAAUUAAAUAAUAGGGUUUUAUCAACUGAGCAAAUGACGAAAGGCUGAAGAUUGAAAUGUCAGCUUUGAAACUCUUUACAGUAGCCAAUUUACAUUAUCAACUCAAUUGUUAAAACCUAAUUAUCUUCAGUUGUUAUACUCUCCCACCAAUGUAGCACCACAGUUUUUUUUUUUAGAAACUAACCUUCUUUAUUGAAUGUAAAUGAGACAACCUGAGCUUAUAAUGAGUCUGAUAUAUACCCCUAGCCUGUGAAGAUUUCAAUUCAAACACUUUUGAAAUUAACAGGCCACACAGUGAAAUUGAGCAAUCACAGUGCAUGUACCAACUGAGAGAUGUGAUAAACAGUGGCGUCGUUUCUGACAUUUUUUUGUUAGCUCUCUCAUAUAAGUCAUUUUACUAAUCAUAUGCUUUCCCCUGAAUAAGGUACAGUGAUUAUUGUGGUAGUACAAAAUUGAUUGAAAGACUUAGCUGCUUAAUAUUUAAUUCACUGAGUUAAAUUUUCAUAGAAGUUCCGAGACUUAUUUUAAGUUCAAACAGUGACUGAGUUCAUCAUGUUUUUUUCUGUUACUUUUUACUGAAGGCUGAAAGCAGCUGGUUACAAGGUGCAGUUUUGCACAAAUGAGGAUACUUGCACAAGAGAGCAGCUUGUCCUCAAACUUGGACAAUUUGGAUUCAACCUGUCAGCCAAUGAAUUACUUGCACCAUCUCCUGUUGCAAGAAAGAUUCUUCAGGAUCGUAAACUACGCCCGUUACUUCUGAUUCAUCCCAAAGGACUCGCAGAAUACGAGGGAGUGGAUUGCACCAAUCCCAACUGUGUUGUCGUUGGAGGAGCUGAAGAUCAAUUUACCUAUGCACGCAUGAAUGAGGCCUUUAGACUGCUUUUAACUUCAGAUAAUCCAGUUCUUUUUGCUUUAGGACAUGGGUGAGUUAUUGUAGAAUCCCUACCAAAGGAAGGAGGACUGGCAAAGAACAUUUGCUACUCUGGGAUUUGUAAAAUCAGGGAUUCUUCCAAAAUUCUUCCAUCACUGUAGUCAAAGCACUUGAUACCUCUGUAAACGGUUGCCUACAUUUACAGACUUAGGUAAGCUGACAGAAGUCUCACUCAUGUGGAACUUGGUCUGGUUGACUCUUAUUAGUUUUUCCCUGGUCUCAGCCUGGUUUGUUUCCCAGUCUAAAAAUCCCUAACAUCUCUCUUCAUUUGGUUUCAAGAGAGGUCAAGUGAACAAAUACCCUCUUCUCUGUCUAUAACAAGAUCAAAACUGAGACUUGCAAGCCAAUGUAAAGUGCUAGACAUAACUCAGUUACACCUCAGACUUUACCCUACAGUCUAAAAUUAUAUAUAAGACAAUGCUGUUGAAAUUUCUGAUGUUUUUUAAUGUUGUUAUUCAGCCGCUAUUACAGAAGUGGUUCCAAUCUAGUCCUUGAUGCAGGUCCAUAUGUAAAGGCCUUAGAGGUUAGUUGUUACCUCUUUUUUUUUUUUUUUUUCUGUCAAUAAGUUGAAUGUUUGAAAAUGGCUAUUUUUUCAUAUCCCUUAAGAGUUUAGUCACUCCUGUCUAGUGCAAUCAUCAUCAUCACCCCUGAUGAAGGCACUAGACAGGAGUGUCGAAAUGUUGGGUCUAUGAAUUGUAACUUCUUCGGUUACAUUCAAUAAAUCUGCAAGCCAGAGUAGCAUCAAAAUAUGUCUGAUUGUCCACCUGGUUGCCGUGUGAACUUUAAUAUAUUUCCCUUAAGAGUUGUUUUGUUAUUUUAAUGAUAAUUUCUGUCUUCCAGUUUGCCUGUGAUGUUCAAGCUGAGGUUAUUGGUAAACCUUCAGCUUCUUUUUUCCUAACUGCUUUGGACAAAAUUCAAGUAUUACCUGAAGAUGUAAGUGUUAGUUUAAUUCUUAUUUGAGAAAACUUUUCACCCCCUGAUAUCAUAAUUUUUGUAGUUUUUUCUGAUCAUCCUCUUUUUUUUCCUUUUAAUUUUUAGGCAGUUAUGAUUGGAGAUGACAUUGUAUCAGAUGUGGGUGGGGCCCAGGCAUGCGGGAUCAGAGGAGUACAAGUUAGGACUGGAAAAUACAGGUAUCAUGAAGCAUUCUUUUAUUUUGUGUGCUAGGCAUGCAUUUUUUGGAGGACAAGUAUGCUCCAUAAACCAUGUUAUUUAUCUCCACCAUGAAAAAUUGUACAUGAAAUUAUGACACUAAUCCCACUUUGAAGUUCCAAGGAGUCACCCAAUAUGUAAAAAAUAUUCCUCAAAUAUGUCAAACGUCAAACUUUGGAUAUCCAAAAUUUUGUGUUGUUCAAAUGAUAUCAUGAUUUCAAAAGAAUAAGUUCUGCUGUAAGGAAACAAGUCGAAAGAUUAUGGGGGUGAACUAGUAAAGGUGCAGACAAACUUGUUUUACUGCAGGGGGCAUACUUGCAAAGAUGAUCAGGGGCAAACUUAAAAUGGGGGAAAACCUUCAGCCACCAAUGUAAGCUGUUACAAUGUAGGCCUCAAAGUUCUAAUGGGGAAGCAAGCAUGCAAAUCAUGAAUUUUUGCUUCCGAUACCUUAAAUUCUCACAUUGGAUAAAAUGCUUUUCAUGUCGUAGACCUGAAGAUGAAAACCACCCUGCUGUAAAACCUGAUGGAUAUGUGGACAAUCUUGCACAAGCUGUGGAGCUUAUCCUCAAAUACAAUUGUGCAGAAUAUUACACUGAAUAAAUGAAUUGGUGUGCAAUGACAUAGGAUAGUCUAGUUUCAUCAAAAGAGAAUGUUAACAUAAGAAAAGGGAGAAAAGAGUUCAAAUCAGUCAGGAUUGGCUUCGUACAUCAAUAUGUUCACCAUCUCAUUAGUUUGGUAACAAAUCGGGCUGCCCAGAUGUCAUGUGAAAAUGAUCUAUUGGGCAUCAGAAAUGGGUUUUUAACUAAUGCUUGAAAAAUAAAUUAACUUAAAAAAAUAUAGGAUAUUUAUUUUAAAAAUAUUAAGUACAGUAACUAUGCAAUAUUUGAAAUGAUGAAACAUUUAUUUCUAUCUGAAAUUAAGUUACAGUACUUGACAAGAAGAACAUAAUUUUGUUU